GUGUGACAGAAAGGGCCUUAGAUGAUCAGACACAAGCACAAAGUUUCUUGGCUUUUACUGAGUCUAAAAAUAUAAAUAAUGUGGAAUCUUGGAUCAGAUGCCAGAAUUUCAGAUUCUGAGGAGGAGAGCACCUCAGAAGAUGAAAGGGACAUUCAGUGUGAGAUUCUGGAGAAAGAGAGAGAUGAUGCAAAUGAAAAGCUGUCGAGAAUGGAGAAGGCCUCUUCUCAACUGCUCAAGGAACUGGAUGUGUUGGAGAUGCAGUUUCAGAUCGAACGUUCCUGCAGGGAGACCGCAGAGGCCUUUGCACUGAAAGUGACAAAAGAUUUCAAAACAUUAAAGAGGAAAAGCCAAGCCAUGCUUCCCCUGAUUCCUGAGACUCCAGAAAACCUCUCUGUCCUGAACCUGGACCCUGAAGCUGACCCUGGACCUGAGACAAGUACUGAGGAAGACAGCGGUGAAGAUCCGCUUCUGAUGAGUCAGAAUCAAAUUAGAGAGCUACAGUCAUCUGUUGACCAGUUACUUGGGGAGAAAAUUCAACUCUGUGAACAGGUGGAUCUCCUUAAGAAAGAGAAAGAAGAUCUGAAGGAAAAGCUGGUGCUGGAGGUCGGGGAGAAGGAGGCCCUUCUGAGGAAGCUCAGUAAGCAGAGUAGAACUGUGAAUAAAAUAAAGAGAGUGUCCCAGCUUGUUACAGAGGAGUUUACGGAGAUGUCUCAAAAGCUCGAAAUGGAGCAAGGACUCAGACAACAUGCUGAAGUGUUUGCACACCAGAUACUAGUGAAACAGAAGGAAACCCAGAGACAGAGCAUGGCCUUGGUACAGAACACAGAGACUGAGAAACAACUACAACAAGCUCUAAAUCAAGUGACUGACAUCAGCAAAGCUCUGGAAGAGAUACGACUCUGUUACCAAAAUCAGAUGAAACAAUCACAGACAGCGACUGAGGAUCUUAAUACUUUGUCAGAUCUGGCAGCGGUAAGAACAAAGCUGGAGAUCAGUGAGAAAGAGAAGAGCAACAUGAAGACUCAGCUGAAAGACUCACAACUAUCCGUUAUUUCUCUUCAAGAGGAAAUCAAGCAGCUCCAGGACAGACUGAGAGAGAUGGAGAAACUUCCUUCUCUCAAAUCUAACCAACACAAAGAUGAGAGUGAAAAUUCAGAUGCUGCACCGUCACUGCCACCACCAUUACCAUCUCCUCCCCCUCCUCCUCCUCCUCCACCACCACCACCUCCUCCAUCUUCAACUGUCACUGACCCAUUGAAGGCCUUGAGGAACAGAAAGAAAGGUGGCGACAACACCACUGAAACUGCGGAACCUAAAAUUACUCAGGAUAUGAAGUCCAGAGCUGUGGAUGAAAUGAUGGAGAGAAUCAAGAAAGGCAUCGUUCUUAAACCUAUUAUCAAACCACCACAGGCUGGACCUGAGGAUGAAAAUGCUUGGAAGGAGAAGAAAUCUGAGAACCGGAAAUCAGCUGUGCUGGAACUGCAAGGGAUGCUGGAGUCCAUAAGGAGGCCUGGCCCUCGGAGGGUGGACUCUAAAAAGCGGUUCAGCCGUAAUGUUGGGGAGGCAGAGCUUCAGAUGGUGCUCCAGAGAAGGAGAGCCAUGGAGGAUGACAAAGGAACUCCACCAGCUCCAUCAAAACCCAAAGAUUCACCCGUCGCAGUGUCAGCCAGAAGCUCUUUGCCCUGGGUGGGGGAGAGUGGAAGCACCCCUGUCCUCCGAAGGCUUCAGCAGAACCGUGAGAGGAGAACCUCUCGCAUAAUGGCUUCAGAGUCCAUUAUAUGGGAAGAAAAGUGAUUUCAGUGUGACCUUCUGCACUAUUGAGAAAUGUGAUGUUGAACUAAGUAUGUCUUAGACACCGAUUUCCUUUUCCCAGAUGCCUCCUGGAAUUUUUUUAGAGUUAAAUGUCAAAAAGCUGAAUAAAGCUUUAACCCUAUUAACUUGUAGCUGUUGAAAACUGUGAUAAAAAAACAAAAACAAUGACCCAAGCAUUCACAACUGAAUUAAGAAAGAAA